GCCAGUCUUCUUCUUCUUCUCCCUUUCUCUCUCUCUCUCUCUCCUCUUCUCUCUUCACUAUCCCCUCACGCUUCACUCCCCCGAUUGAUACACACUCAUCUUAGAUAUCUUAUUUACCCCCUUUUAUCUGGCUUGUUAGCUUCGGAUUUACUUGUCCCCUUUUUUGUUCCUUUCCAUCUCAUCACAAAAUGGCCUCUUUCCAGGACCGUGCUCAGCACGCUGUUGCUCAGCUUGAUAAGGAGCUCUCCAAGUACCCCGUCCUCAACAACCUCGAGCGUCAGACCUCCGUCCCCAAGGUCUACGUCAUCCUCGGUCUGGUCGGCAUCUACUUCUUCCUCGUCUUCUUCAACAUCGCCGGCGAGUUCCUGGUCAACCUGGCCGGGUUCAUCGUCCCCUGCUACUACUCGCUCAAUGCUCUCUUCACCGCUACUACGGUUGAUGACACUCAGUGGUUGACGUACUGGGUGGUGUACGGCCUCUUUACCGUUGUUGAGAGUGCCAUCAGCGCGCCUUACUGGUUCCCCUUCUACUACAUCUUCAAGCUCGCCCUGGUCCUCUGGAUGUCUCUGCCCCAGACCAACGGUGCCCAAGUCGUCUUCCACUCCUUCCUCCAGCCCGUCCUCGGCCGCUUCUUCACCGGCGGCUCCACCUCGGCCAACCUCCGGGCCCAGGCCGAAGCGGCUGCCAAGUCCCAGUAAAUAGAGCGCGAAGUUUAAAGAUGCGGGAUGCCUAACGUGACCCGUCUUCGCCGUGGAUCCACCCGAUCGACGCUCCGUUGAGUGGUACUGGUGUAGAUUGGAAUCCGGGCUGGUUUCAGCCCAUGGUUCUUUUUCUUUGUUUGUCUCUCUUCUGCAAGAUUUAUGUUUUCUGCACGAAAUCUAUGGAGAAGAUGAUGAUUUGGGAUCCCGUGUUUUGUUUGUUGCGAAUGGGAUGGAUGGAAUCUGUUGGAUUACAUCCUUUUUGUCGUCUGAUCGAUGUUUUCUUUAUUUUAUGUUGUCUUUCCCCCUGUUUUGGCCCGAGUCUGGGUCAGUAGAAUUGGGAACAUGGUUCGGACGGCUAGCGCCGGGCCGUGCAAGGACGCGGGUAUGAGUGAUUUUGGAAUGUGAUAAUGCCACUGAUCAAUUUGGAGUAUCUUGUUCACUG